ACAGACAGACAGACAGACAGACAGACAGACAGACAGACAGACAGACAGGACAGAGCUAUAGGUGGAAGGAAUCUGUGGUUAAAGUGUGAGCUUGUCCGACGGCGGCGGCUGUCUGUCUGAGAGGAAGUUGCAUUGUGGGUUGUAUGUCUGACUGAACACUGAAAGCACCACAGGUCUCUCUACGAUCCUCUGCUGCAAGUCAGAGGAUGUUACUGGACACAGGCUGUUCGUGGUUACCUUGACCAAUGUUUUAGGUUGUGGUUUAAUGUUCCUAUCAAAUAAACCAAUGAAAUCCUAUUUUGGCUCUCUGAACAGCCGUGGGCGGGACAUCAUGCUGUUGAUUGAUGGGAUGCCUGCCGUCAGCGUCCAAUCAGAGUCUCUGGAGCCUCAGAGAACGUCUCUGUUGGUGUUGUCCCCUCCUGAGAUGGACAGGGUGGUUCUGAAGAGGAAGAUGUUCAGCCCAGUACCUCCAAGUCCUCCAGACACACAACCCUGUAACCCAAACUCUUUCCAGCCCCAGACAGAGCCUGUAGACCUGUCCACCAGCAGCUCCAGGACAUCUCCGACAUCCACAGGAUCCCUGUGCCCCCUACCGUCCACCUCCAUCACCAAGCCUUCCUCAUCAUCUUCCUCCUCCUCUGUCAUUACGUAUGUCCCAAAUACUCCGGCUAUAUCAGCGGCAGGUCCCGGCAUGAGAGUCCUUUGUGGUUAUGUCCGAGAGUACCUCCUCACACCCCUCUCCUCCAGCCCCGCCCCUCUUCAGGCCCUCCGUACGCCCGUAGUGGUACGGCCCACACCCCUGCUCUACACCAACCCAGCACACAGCAGAACCCUGCUGGUACCCCGACGUCCACAUCACGGUCACCGUGGUGACGGCCAGGAUGAUGAGCUGCCGACAACGAGACUGGACAGUGUGACAGAGAUGGGACAGGUUGUUACCAGAGUGGGUCAUGACUCCAUGUUAGCCGGUGGUAUCCAGAGCAUGCGGGUAGGUCAUGUGACCAGGUCAGAGGUCAGGGGGCGUGUCCGUAGGUGUGUCCACAGGUGUGCGUUUUACGGCUGUAACAAGGAGUACACCAAGCGUUCCCACCUCAAGGCCCACAGACGCACACACACAGGUGAGAAGCCGUAUAAGUGCACGUGGGACGGGUGCACGUGGCAUUUUGCCCGUUCUGACGAGCUGACCCGCCAUUACAGGAAACACACGGGGGUGAAGCCCUUCAGGUGCGGCGACUGCCAACGCUCCUUUUCCCGCUCAGAUCACCUGGCCCUGCACAGACGCAGACACACACUGAUCUGAGGAGGGACCUGGCCCUGCACAGACACAGACACACACUGAUCUGAGGAGGGACCUGGCCCUGCACAGACGCAGACACACACUGAUCUGAGGAGGGACCUGGCCCUGCACAGACACACACUGAUCUGAGGAGGGACCUGGUCCUGCACAGACGGAGACACACACUGAUCUGAGGAGGGACCUGGCCCUGCACAGACGCAGACACACACUGAUCUGAGGAGGGACCUGGCCCUGCACAGACGCAGACACACACUGAUCUGAGGAGGGACCUGGCCCUGCACAGACGCAGACACACACUGAUCUGAGGAGGGACCUGGCCCUGCACAGACACACACUGAUCUGAGGAGGGACCUGGCCCUGCACAGACGCAGACACACACUGAUCUGAGGAGGGACCUGGCCCUGCACAGACGCAGACACACACUGAUCUGAGGAGGGACCUGGCCCUGCACAGACGCAGACACACACUGAUCUGAGGAGGAGGGACCUGGCCCUGCACAGACGCAGACACACACUGAUCUGAGGAGGGACGGAGGGACGGACGGACAGACAGACACUGAUCUGAGGAGGGACCUGGCCCUGCACAGACGCAGACACACACUGAUCUGAGGAGGGGGGACCUGGCCCUGCACAGACGCAGACACACACUGAUCUGAGGAGGGACCUGGCCCUGCACAGACGCAGACACACACUGAUCUGAGGAGGGGGGACCUGGCCCUGCACAGACACACACUGAUCUGAGGAGGAGGGACCUGGCCCUGCACAGACACACACUGAUCUGAGGAGGGACGGAGGGACGGAUGGACAGACACACACUGAUCUGAGGAGGGGGGACCUGGCCCUGCACAGACACACACUGAUCUGAGGAGGAGGGACCUGGCCCUGCACAGACACACACUGAUCUGAGGAGGAGGGACCUGGCCCUGCACAGACGCAGACACACACUGAUCUGAGGAGGAGGGACCUGGCCCUGCACAGACACACACUGAUCUGAGGAGGGACCUGGCCCUGCACAGACGCAGACACACACUGAUCUGAGGAGGGACCUGGCCCUGCACAGACGCAGACACACACUGAUCUGAGGAGGGACCUGGCCCUGCACAGACGCAGACACACACUGAUCUGAGGAGGGACCUGGCCCUGCACAGACGCAGACACACACUGACCUGAGGAGGAGGGACCUGGCCCUGCACAGACACACACUGAUCUGAGGAGGGACGGAGGGACGGACGGACAGACACACACUGAUCUGAGGAGGGACGGACGCAUGGACGGAA